UGUAUCAGGCUAGACAAAAGGACCAAAAUGAAUAUAGUAUUGAUGUAUCUCCAUCCAAAAUAUCAGCAAUUGAGAACCUGCAGAAUAGAAGAAGGAACAAGAGUAUGGAUAAGAAGUACUGUCUGCCUCAGAUCAAAAGUAACUCCAAGCUUAAUCCAAGAAGAGAGCUUAAUCAAGAUCUCAUGCCUCAGAGCUCUGGCUACAUGAGAAAUGAACGGAAAGUUGAGACCACAAAGAACCUUAGCUUCUCACAGAGAAAGCCACAUUUUGAGAUCAUGAAAAAUGCUAAAUAAGUUAUAUUCUUUAGUAGGAUCGAGGGAAAAAGAGAGAAACCACUCUAAUCAUAAUAGUGUCAUUGGCUUACAAGACAAGCCGAGCCAGCUAUAUGACAUCAAUUAUUUGGACAAAGCUGAAUCCUUCCAUAGUUCCGAAGUGCAAAGUAUUUCUAGUGUGCGCAGCUUUGCCCAAACUUUCAAGAGGGUGCUUUCCUCUACUGCUUCUAAAGCAUUGGAUAAAAUGAUCCCACAUAAUGAUUAUUAUUCCUACAACGAACCAAAUUUACGUGCUUCUGUUCCAAAUAAGAGUAAUUUUCAGAUAAGGAAGCAUCAAAUCUCAAAAAAUUUGAAAAAUUUUAAAGGACUUAGGGAGGAAACAAAUCUGAGGACAAAAUUAGCUACAAAAAAUCUGGCUACAAAAAUUCCAAGUGCAAGUCCAGCGAAGAAGCUCAAAUUUAGCCAUAAUGUGCUUAAAAUAAACGAUUUUGAUCGCAAAAAACUUCGAACACAAAGCCAGGAUAAAUUAAGAGGAAAGUCAACUCAGAGAAAAAUUAAGCAAUUACUUCCAAAAUUACGAAGGAAGACUAUCAAGAAAGUUUCCGGGUACAGCCCGUAUACUUUAAAGAGUUAUAAGGAGAAAUUCUGACAGAAAUCCACUCCCAUGGGAGGUCUAGGUUCCAAUAUCGGGAGCCAGGACUGGCAAAAAGCUAUGGAUAAGAGAAACAGAAUGCAUUUGCUAGCAAAGAGUAUAGAAUUUGAGAACAAAAAGAAACUGGCCUUAGGACUUAAGAAUAAAGAUAUCAUUCAGUUCCAUCCAAGUAACUACUCCUUGAAGGCCAUUAAGGUAGGAAAGAGCUAGAAAGACUCCCUAAGAGAGCUCGAACAGCUCCUA